AUGGCCCAGCCCGGCGAGGAGACUCUGCCGGGGCCCGAGACCGCGGUGCAGAUCCGCGUCGCCAUCCAAGAGGCCGAGGACGUGGAGGAGCCGGAGGACGAGGAGGAGGGGGCGGAGGCGCGGGGCGCCGGGGACCCGGCUCGGUACCUCAGUCCCGGCUGGGGCAGCGCCAGCGAGGAGGAGCCGAGCCGCGGGCACAGUGGCACCACGGCGAGUGGGGGCGAGAACGAGCGUGAUGAUCUGGAGCAGGAGUGGCAGCCCCCGGAUGAGGAGUUAAUCAAGAAGCUGGUGGAUCAGAUCGAGUUCUACUUUUCUGAUGAAAACCUGGAGAAGGAUGCCUUCCUGCUAAAGCAUGUGAGGAGGAACAAGCUGGGAUAUGUGAGUGUCAAGCUACUCACCUCCUUCAAAAAGGUGAAGCACCUUACCCGGGACUGGAGAACCACAGCUCACGCCUUAAAGUACUCAGUGACCCUGGAGUUGAACGAGGACCACCGGAAGGUGAGGAGGACCACCCCUGUCCCACUCUUCCCCAAUGAGAACCUCCCCAGCAAGAUGCUCCUGGUCUAUGACCUCUACCUGUCCCCCAAGCUGUGGGCCCUGGCCACCCCCCAGAAGAACGGAAGGGUUCAGGAGAAGGUGAUGGAACACCUGCUGAAGCUCUUCGGGACCUUCGGAGUCAUCUCGUCAGUGCGAAUCCUCAAACCCGGGAGAGAGCUGCCCCCUGACAUCCGCAGGAUCAGCAACCGGUACAGCCAGGUGGGGACCCAGGAGUGUGCUAUCGUGGAGUUCGAGGAGGUGGAAGCGGCCAUCAGAGCCCACGAGUUCAUGGUCACAGAGUCUCAGGGCAGGGAAAGCAUGAAAGCUGUCCUGAUCGGCAUGAAGCCACCCAAAAAGAAACCAUCCAAAGAGAAGAGCCAGGACGAAGAACCCACCUCGAGCGUCCACCUGAACAAGUCCCUCAACAGAAGGGUCGAGGAGCUGCAGUACAUGGGGGACGAGUCUUCCGCCAACAGCUCCUCUGACCCUGAGAGCAAUCCGACAUCCCCUAUGGCUGGCCGGCGACAUGCGGUUGCCAACAAGCUCAGCCCUUCCAGCCACCAGAAUCUCUUUCUGAGCCCCAAUGCCUCCCCGUGCUCAAGUCCUUGGAGCAGCCCCUUGGCUCAGCGCAAAGGGGUCUCCAGGAAAUCCCCACUGGCCGAAGAAGGGAGGCCCACCACAAGCGCCAGUCCUGAGAUCGUUCGCAAGUGCACGGACUAUUCCUCGGACAGCAGCGUCACUCCCUCUGGCAGCCCCUGGGUUCGGAGGCGCCGUCAAGCUGAGAUGGGGCCGCAGGAGAAGAGCCCCCGAGGGAGUCCCCUGCUCUCUCGGAAGAUGCAGACUGCAGAUGGGCUACCGGUGGGGGUGCUGAGGUUGCCCAGAGGCCCUGACAACACCAGAGGGUUCCAUGGUGGACACGAGAGGAGCAGGGCCUGUGUAUAA